GGCGUUGCGCCGUAACUGUCACAGAUGACAGUUGGUCCCGUUUACUGCCGUGAUCUUGGGUGUGUGAGUCGUGGUCGUGGUGAGCUUCUGUGCGAGUCUCGUGGUGCCACCGAGUCGUGCCUUGCCGUCUCCAGGCCGCCGCCGCCGCCCGCAGCCGCCGGCCGCGCCGUUCGUAUGCAACCCCGAUGGCCCCGUGCUGAACUGCUUGCCUAGCUGCCGGCGCCGCCGCCCCUUGGAGGCAUGCUCUGACCGCCCCCGACGCGAUGGCCGACGAGGAGGUACUCUUCGACGACGUCUACGACCUCUGCGAGGAGAUAGGAAGGGGACCAUUUAGUGUAGUUAGACGUUGCAUUCACCGGCAGACCGCACAGCAGUUCGCAGCGAAAAUCGUAGAUGUCGCAAAAUUCACUUCUAGUCCAGGCCUGAGUACGGACGACUUGAAGCGUGAGGCCACAAUAUGUCACAUGCUGAAGCACCCGCACAUCGUCGAACUCCUAGAAACCUACUCGUCCGAAGGCAUGCUGUACAUGGUAUUCGAAUUCAUGGACGGCUCCGACCUUUGUUACGAAGUGGUACGGAGAGCAUCCUCGGGAUUCGUUUACAGCGAAGCAGUAGCUAGUCAUUACAUGCGUCAGAUCCUCGAGGCCAUGAGGUACUGCCACGAAAACGACAUAGUCCACAGGGACAUCAAACCCGACUGUAUACUUUUGGCCACUAAGGAGAACUCGGCGCCCGUAAAACUCGGUGGUUUCGGAGUCGCCGUCCAAUUACCGGAUAGACAUCCGAAUAAUCCGGGGGAAUGCCUUGUGUCAGAAUACCGGACCAACCUCAGUCCUAUGGGUCAGCUGUAUCUAAAAUCUGACAGAGCCGGCAGAGUAGGAUGUCCAAGCUUUAUGGCCCCCGAAGUAAUCGAAAGGCGACCCUACGGCAAACCUGUGGAUAUUUGGGCCGCCGGUGUCCUCCUCCACGCCCUUCUCUCUGGUACGUUGCCUUUCCAUGGAAGCGGUCGCAGACUGAUGGAGUCCAUUUGCCGAGGGAAGAUACACAUGGAUUCGCCGCAGUGGGAGCUCAUUAGUGAUAGUGCAAAAGACUUAAUUCAACAAAUGUUAACAGUGGAUCCGAAGCAGAGGAUAACGAUACAGGAAGUUUUAAAUCAUAGAUGGCUGAGGGAUCGCGAUAAGGGUUUAAGGAUCCAUCUCGGAGAUUCGGUAGAAGAACUUAAAAAAUUUAACGCUAGGAGAAAAUUAAAAGCGGUCGUUUUGAGUGCGGUGAAUUCAAGUAAAUGGUAUUGUUACGACGACACGAACUCUGACUCUUACUCCGACUGUGAAGACGACGAAGUUUCGGCGUGCGCCGUGUCGACGAUCCUCGAUUCACUCGACGACAUCUACUGCCUUCAGGAAUCGCAGCCUCAAGAGCGCGCGCACCUUCUGGCCUUGCUCGAAGACACGCAUCUGCACGUCCUGUUAGAGCUGUACGAUAGGAUCUCGAGUAAAGUGGUGUCGCCGGUUAGGACGCCACCUAGCGACGCCGUGCAGAGGGCGAGAGACGCCGCCGACGCUCUCCGGGAACUGGAACAUCGGCGCGAUACGGACCACAGGGACUUGCAAGAACUGAGGGAUCUGCUUUGCCGGCCGCACUUUAAGGCUCUUUUACAAGCACAUGAUGUUGUGGCGCACGAAAUUUACGGCGAAGACGCUAUGCGGGUCACGCCUCCGCCGUUACUGCCGUACCUCAACGGGGGUGACGACCUGGAAGGGCCCAACGGCGAGGUCGAGAUGGAAAACGUAACCAGAGUUAGGCUGGUUCAGUUCCAGAAGAAUACCGACGAGCCGAUGGGUAUAACGCUGAAAAUGAACGAGGACGGUAAAUGUAUAGUAGCUAGAAUAAUGCAUGGAGGGAUGAUCCAUCGACAGGCCACCUUGCAUGUAGGAGACGAAAUUAGAGAAAUUAAUGGCAUUUCCGUUAUGAACCAAUCCGUUAAUGCGUUACAAAAAAUUCUCCGAGAGGCCCGAGGUUCGGUCACUUUCAAGAUCGUGCCGUCAUAUAGGAGCGCCCCACCCCCUUGCGAGUUAUUCCGGAUUAAACCUCUACCAGUACUUAUUUUCGUCAGAGCUCAGUUCGAUUACGACCCCUUGGAAGACGAACUGAUCCCUUGCGCCCAAGCAGGUAUCGCCUUCAAAACGGGAGACAUCCUCCAAAUCAUCAGCAAGGACGACCACCACUGGUGGCAGGCUCGCAAGGACAAUUCCGCAGGAUCAGCAGGACUAAUACCCUCUCCCGAAUUGCAGGAAUGGAGGGCCGCGUGCGCCGCCAUGGAGAAAACGAAACACGAACAAGACGUGGAAAAAGGAUGUACUUCUCAUGCUAACGGUUGUGAUGGUACCACAGUCAAUUGCUCAAUAUUCGGUCGGAAGAAAAAGCAGUACAAGGAUAAAUACUUGGCAAAGCAUAAUGCUGUUUUUGACCAAUUAGAUUUAGUUACUUAUGAGGAAGUUGUGAAGUUGCCAAUGACUGAUCCAGCGUUCCAGAGAAAAACUUUAGUUCUGUUAGGGGCACACGGGGUCGGCCGAAGACAUAUAAAGAACACUCUCAUUGCGAAACAUCCGGAUCAGUACGCAUACCCGAUACCACAUACAACGAGACAACCCAGAGCCGACGAGGAAAACGGUAGAAAUUAUUUUUUUGUUUCACACGAUGAAAUGAUGGCCGACAUCGCCGCCAACGAGUAUCUAGAAUAUGGCACUCACGAAGAGGCCAUGUACGGAACCAAGCUGGACACGAUCCGUAAGAUCCAUCAAGAAGGUAAAAUGGCCAUUCUUGAUGUCGAACCUCAAGCACUAAAAGUGUUACGUACUGCUGAAUUUUCACCAUAUGUUGUGUUCAUUGCUGCUCCGGCUUUGCAAAACAUUGCAGAUUUCGACGGUAGCUUAGAAAGGCUAGCGAAGGAAUCGGACAUGUUGCGUCAAGCCUACGGGCACUACUUCGACUUAACCAUCGUGAAUAACGAUAUCGACGAGACUAUCGCGGCACUCGAGGCCGCCAUCGAACGAGUCCAGACAACACCCCAGUGGAUUCCCGUGUCUUGGGUCUACUGACAACAACCUUCCAUGGAAUUCGGCUCGUUGCAGAAUUUCUGAGCCUUUGGGCAUCCGAUGUUAUUGAAGUGAAUUAACAGUGGAUAAGAAAACCAACACACACACAACACACACUCACACAUGUACACGGUAGACUGGCAGCUGUCUUCUUUCAAUUGUCAUAGUUUAGAGCACUUAUCUAGCAACGCUAGCUAACUAACACUAGCCACUUAUGUUCGAGGCUCGUUCUUGUUAAAAUCGUCAUAUCACGACGGGCCUCUCAUGUGUCGCUUUUUAGCGAAACGGGUUUUAAAGUACUUCCAAAGAACAUGUUGAUACCAAAGCUGUUGUUCAUUUGCUGUUAAUCUUAUUGUUUGCUAUGCAAAUAGACGUGGUAGGGUAGACAUAGUGUUAAUCUUCAAAAUGGGAACAUUCCAUUUCUGUUCAGCACAAGCACAAAUUUCGCAACUUCGUAGCCUUAAUACCUGGAUGUCAUGUAGGUUCUUUCAAAUAUACACAACGCACAAAUAAAUCAACAACGUAUACAAACGAUAAUUUGCUUCAAUACAGAAAUGAAUAGCAAUACGUCUGAAGUAUUAACUAUUGGUAAUUAUAAAAUGUGAUUUACGAUGUUUUAAAGACGUCGAUACUGUUUAAGACGACUAACACUGAGGUGGAUUCACGCGGACUGGGCAUUUCAUUCGUCGAUUUGCUUUGAUUUGAUUGGUUCGCUUGCUAACACACAAACAUAUCCGACGGAGACAGUUAGGGAGGGUUCAGUGUUGAAAACGUUUGUCUAACUGUGAAAUUGCAUCAAAUUAUGAUAGAUAAAAAGAUACUGUGUAAAUUUACUAUAACGGAGAGUAUAAUAUGCUUUCAAUUUUCAUGAUAGUGAUACGAAAUUGUUCUAUUUUGGGGCCGUGUGAACUUUAUUUUCAUAUUUUUGUGCUGUUUAUAUAUUAUAGAUUAUAAGUGCCAUUGUUUAUUUUGUAUUUAUUGAGAUGUUUCAAUUAUAGUUUUAUUAUUGAGAAAUGAUUGGAAAGAAACGAAAAACAUUCAUUAAACUUAUACAAGUGAUUGCUUCCUCAAAUAAGUGUACCUACCUACUUAAAAAAUGAACUAAAGGGUAUUCCUAACAUAAUUUGAUAAUGAGUAGUGUAGCGAUUUAAAGUUUGCAUUUAUUUGGAUAAUAGGACAAUGUAGUUCGACAUUUCUGAAAUAAAAUGUA